CUAUAUAUUUGUGUUAGGUCGCUGCCCGCCUUGAAAUCGGACAGAGAGAAGCCACGUUCUCAGAGUGCCAGUGCUGGACAUAGAGAGGGAGCUCUCUUCGAGGGAAAGGACCAGGACAUCUGCUGUUCAAGCUCCCUGACACAAACGCCUGCCAGGGAAACCCCAGUAUUGGAAUUACAAAAAAGGAGGUGGUGCGCGGGCCUUCCUGCCCCCUGUGGUCGUUUUAGACUCCGCACGUCCCCCCAUUUCUCCGGCUGCUGCCGCAGAGCAGAGGGGGGCGGAGGAGAGGGCAGCUCCGUGUGUGUCGUUGUGAGGGAACAAAAUGGCUCGGCCCAGGCCCCGGGAUUACAAAGCAGGAGAACUGGUCUUUGCCAAAAUGAAAGGAUAUCCGCACUGGCCUGCCAGGAUUGAUGAGCUCCCAGAAGGAGCCGUGAAACCACCAGCAAACAAGUUCCCAAUUUUCUUCUUUGGCACCCAUGAAACUGCAUUUUUGGGGCCUAAGGAUCUUUUCCCUUACAAGGAAUAUAAAGAAAAGUUUGGGAAAUCAAACAAGAGGAAAGGAUUUAAUGAAGGUUUAUGGGAAAUUGAAAAUAAUCCUGGUGUGAAGUUCACAGGAUAUCAGGCUAUACAGCAGCAGAGCUCUUCAGAAACUGAGGGAGAAGGAGGUAAUGCAGCAGAUGGCAGCAGUGAAGAAGAGGGAGACCAUGUUGAAGAAGACGGAAAAGGCAAAAGAAAGAACGAGAAAGCAGGUUCUAAGAGGAAGAAGUCAUAUGCUUCAAAGAAAUCAUCCAAGCUUUCUCGGAAAUCUUCAGCAGACGAUGGGGAAAAAGACAGUAAAGACGACAUGAAUAAGAGUGGUUCGGAGGCAGGUGAUGUGGACAACGAUACAAGAAAUGCUUCAGAAGUGCAGAAAAGCAGUGCGGGGAACGUUUAUGCAAGAGUUGGGGGCCGUAAGAAAUGCACAGAUCCUAAAGAGAAAUUAUAAAUCUUAGUGGCACACAGGCAAGAUUUGACGUAACAAGGUACUUCAUUGUGGGAAGAGAGGUCUGAAUUUCGCUGUGUAGUAUUCUUGGAUUUGAUAGAAUUCAACGCAUUUCAUUGUUGCCACCAAGAGAUUGUCAGUUUGUAUGCAUAUUACCAUGUUCUCUCUGUUGUGUUUGCUGGCAUCACGAGUCCCGCCUCUCAGGGACAGCCUUUCAUUUCACAUUGUUCUGUUGCAUGAAAUUGCCCUUUUACAAGAUAAGCGCUCACAUAAUUCCACAGCCUUUGAUAUGGACACAUUUUUGAACCACUCAAAACUCUGAACAACUCAUCGAUGGCCCAAUCGUAAAUCCCGGUUUUUAGGGGCCCUUAUUGACUUUCCUACUAAAGUUAGCCAACAAUUGAAAAUUAAAUGUGAUGAGUGUGCCUGGUAUGCCUGAUACCAUAUGAAUACUGUGUUUAUAUAUACUGUAUAUAUAUAUAUAUAUAUAUAUAUAUAUAUAUAUAUAUAUAUAUAUACACAAAGUACAUUGAAGGGCAGCAAAAUAAAAAGGAUUUACAGGGCAAAGCAACCAACAAAGGCCAAAAUGGUACAAAAAUGUCCUUCUACAUAUCUUCUUUAUAUCCGGCUGUAACUUUAAAUGUUCCAUUGCUAUUUCCUUUCUAGUUACCAACAUAAAAUAGGUUAAAGGCACAUGCGGUGCUUUCUUGACCUGCAUAUAUUUCAGCCAAUAAUGAAGCACUUUAAAGCUCCACUGCCACCUCCCAUUAACUGUAAUGCACCUUUUCAGGCUAAGUUAGUUCUGGUUAGUAGUACAGGUAUGGGAUCUGUUAUCCAGAAACCCGUUAUCCAAAAUGCUCUGAAUUACAGAGAGGCCAUCUCCCAUAGACUUCAUUUUAUCCUUAUC